GUCAAUCGUCUUUGGACUUUGCUAUCUGCCUGACCUGAUCUUUGCUGCUCCUGCCACCGCCCGCAGAGGACUCCUCACCCACCACCACCACCACCACUACCUCCUCCUCACUCACCCCAUCACCGCCAUCACCACCACCACCACCAAUUCACCAACUCUCCAUCGGCACCCGACACGCGACUGCAUCCAUCCCCUUCAGUCACACCCGGGCACGCAAGCUCGCGGUGUUGUACCACCACUCGGCGUGUCGUGUGGUGUUGCUGUGCUGUACUGUGCUGCUCUGCUCUGCUCAAGCGAGUCUGACGCAGCGGAGAACGGGACAAAGGAGACCAAGACGAAACAAGUCCAAAUCGCCCUGCAUCCACCAUCAUCCUCGACGCACUCUAUUCACCGACUCGGCCCAUCACUCCGUCCUCAUUCCCGUCCUCGUCGUUCGACUUCCUCUUUCUUUCCCUUCUUCCCCUUCUGCUCGGGCUCACCACCGCCAGCGACAAACCGGCACACCCUCACCGAAGCGCUUCUAGCCAUCCACCCGUGAGACACACCCACCUGGCCAUCGGCAUCUCCCGCCUGUCGCCGCCCGAAGCGCCAUCUGUUUGCUGCCUGCAUCCCUUCUACCCUCCUUGGCUGGCUGGCUGGCGAGCUGGCCUGCACCGAGUCUGUCACCUUCGCCAUCUCGAAUCCAUCGCGAGCGGACCUGGACCACAAUCGGCGUGAGGAGAGUGGCGUGGUUCGGGAGACGCAAACAUGCGUGAGGUCAAUUUCAGCAUCCCGAGUGCAAACAAGGCCUCGGUCGGCAUCACCACUGCUCUCUAUGACCGCCGCGCGCUGGACUGCACCUCCACCCUGCCACUGAUCAACUCUCUCAACAAUCUCGCCUAUCUGACCACCUCCUCCGGUCGCAUUCGGGACAUUCUCACCGUCGAUGGCGGCAUCGAGCGCCUGGUAUGCAUUCUGAAGGAAGGACGGAGCAAGGACAUGAUGGAGAUGUGGAAGUGGAAUCUCGCCUUUCAAUGCAUCGUCAAUAUUGGCGUGAGGGGCUCCGAGGCAGUGCGAACCCGCGUAGUCGAGGCUGACAUGGUCCCUGUUAUUGCGACGAUACUGGACAACUACUUCCAGGUCGUGGAGAAGAGUCGCGAAAGACUGGAGCUGGAGAGUAAGAAGAAGUGCCCCUUUGGAUCCUCGCGAAACUUCUCGCGCUCCUCCUCCAACAGGGUAGAGACACAGGAGCACCGAAGUGGGAGGAGUAGUAGACGGCAUGCACCACCACCCAUCUCGAUACCCGAGCCGAGCGAGUCGCCUGAAGACGAGCCCACCAGCGAGGUGACUCCUACUGUACACACUGCGAACCUGUCCCUGAGUUCGCCGCCCGGGAGGACAGUAUUUCCUCGUCAGCACCCACAGAACAGGUCAAAUGGCGGCAGGGUACAAUUCACCUCGCCCACUGCGACUACGAACAGACAGCCAGAACCGCCCGUGUCCUCAUUGACGCUGCAGAGUAAUGACUUUGUGCGGCCAGUGCGCUAUGUCGACAGACUACCUUCCAUGAUUGCAGCAAUACAGGCAGAGCUGAGUUCGCAGCCCCAGUCACCAACUACGCCUGGCCCUCCAGCACAACAGCCAGAGAGCAGCCAGCCUCGACGACGUCCUUCCAUCCGCCAUCAACUUUCCAUGUCCGGAUCCGAUGACGAUGGGCAGAUCGAAGACGCUGUCGAUGAGCGGUCAACCGGGACAGAAUUAGAGCCCAUGAUCGGCAUCACCGGUACAGACCUGGCGAUGGAAGACAUUCGAGCCGACAUGGGGCCACAGAACACUGGUGUCGCUCUCACUGAUCUCGCUGAUGUGAGCAGUGCGGACGAUGAUACUUUCCAUAUUCCACAGCCAUCCAACGAUGGCAGCCAUACCACACCAACUCAGGGUCAAACCAAUCUAGCACAAGCGCAAGUGCCGCCACCAGGUACCAUUAAUGUGACUUCCCCGACACUCCAACAGCCUCCUGCCUGGUACCCACAGCGAGGACUGCCCCUGGACCGAUCUGCGCCGGCCAGCAUAUUGGCCGCCAUGCCACGAGAUGAAGACGUACUCAUGUCACUGCAGCUGCUUGCGUACGUCUCGAAAUAUUGCAACUUACGGUCAUACUUUCAGCAAUCACACCUGGUGCCUCGGUUGAAAAUCGAUCGGGAGUUGAAGAUGUUGGAUCCGGACUACAACCCUGCGACGCACUCUCUCCCCACACAAGAUGAGCUCGAAGACGAAUGGGACAACGAGUUUGUGAAGAAAGACGGCGAGAAGCCAUACAACAUCUUUCCACUGAUUGAGAAGUUUACCGCCAAAUCGUCCUCGUCGCGGCAUACUCCAGUCCCGUCAUCACCACAACAAGGCGACAUGCAGUACUGGGCCGGCGUCGUCAUGCGCAAUCUAUGCCGCAAAGACGACAGCAAAGGAGGCAUCAGGCAGUGCGCAUACUGGCAGUGUGGGAAGUGGGAAGAGUUCACUCGCCAAUUCGCAAAGUGCCGUCGAUGUCGACGGACCAAGUACUGCAGUAAAGAGUGCCAAAAGGGCGCUUGGGGCAGUCAUCGCUUCUGGUGUGUUGCGGUAGAAGACAGCAGAGAAGGUGAAGGAGAGCAUCGACAUCGUUCUCAUCGCCACCAUCACCACCACGGACACUAAGCUGCUGGUUGGACCUGGGAUCGACUAUUGUGGUUCGUAUCCGAGGUCUGCUCAAGCGCUGUUCCGACACUCUGGUCUUCCACAAAAGCAUGGGCAUGGCGCUUUCCAACGCGUUCCGAGCAUUACUAUCGCAGCUAUAAUCUGCAUCCAACUACGAAAUGACUACUUUACUGUAAUUGCUUCUUCCGCAUCAUCAUGCCCAUUAAGAGCGACAUGGGAAGCAUGGGAGGAGAGCCCCCACAUCCGAAAGAGAUACCAUUAUGAGUUUACUAGCUGUUUCUGCUGUUUUUGCCAUGGUUUUUAUGGAGCAUAUUUAUUGAUGAAUGAAAUGGGAAGGGGAAUCACGUUCGAGCAUGUGAUGUGAACCCAAGAUUGCAGUAUUGCUAUAGGUACAUGUAGUUACGGUACCUAUUCAUACC